GAUAUUUUUAGAUUCACUCUAUUGUUUUGUAUAAUAUAAAUAAGCCACGAUGUCGGAUGAUGAAAGCGAACAAGAUAAACCUAUUGAAUUUAUAUAUGUGGGUCCGGAAGACAGAAGUUCCGAAGAAGAACCGCCUAUGAGCGAGUGGUCGUCACUUGAAGUACCUAUAGAAGAGGAGAAUCAGAAACGGUUACUUUUCUCCGAAGGGCAGUACUCCCCAGGAAGUGGCGAAAUCUGUACACAAUACUUUUUCAUCUCAGAAAGCUCUGUGUACAGCCACGCCUACUACAAUUAUCCAGCUGUUACUGACCCUGGGAUCAAGGAAGCUCUAAAUGAACCAGAACGACCCAUCAUAUACCCCGAUGAUGGGCAAGCUCUUUAUCUGAGCCUGUGCACAGAAAUGAAUAUUUGUCCAGUGAGGAUGUUUUAUAAUAAUUUGUUAAACUCGGAAAUCAAUAUCAGUUACUACGGGGUCGAUCCACGAGGGGUGCGAGCAAUGGCAAAAGCAUUACAGUUCAAUAAAAAUGUGACUUAUUUUAAUUUGUCAGGGAAUUUCCUCAAUGAUGAUGCUUGUUAUCAUCUUGGUAGAAUGAUACAUUCCAAUAUUACUAUACGGGAACUAAAUUUAGAUGGCUGCCGUAUUUGUGGGUCAGGAAUGCUCCGGUUAGGAGAUAGUUUACGUACCAAUAAUUCGUUAGUCAUCCUUAACCUUGCUAGAAACAACCUCGAGGACAUCGGCGGAAUUCAUUUUGCGCAUCAAAUAUUUAAGGGUGCCAUGGUAAAACAAGUGAAUUUAAGUCACAACAAUUUAGGUCGAAAGACUGCUAUGGCGUUUGCAGAUGUUUGGGAGUGGAAGAACAGAUUCACUCACUUGGACCUGUCGUGGAACAGCUUCUUUCACGCACCAUCUACUGUCAAAAUGUUGGACAGUUUGUCUCUUAGCCAUGAUUUGGAAGAACUUAACUUAUCCUACAAUGCCCUCGAAGGAGAACGUAUAGCAAACGCAAUAAAAAACCUAUUUGUAAUUCCUACGCUGUCAUUUUUAGAUUUGAGUCAUAAUCGUCUUCAAAAUGAAGCGAUAGACAUAAUUGCACUUAGUUUAUUCCAAGCUAAGAAACUGCAUACACUGAAUCUUUCUUUCAACCCGUUAUCACCUCAAGACGCUUUCAACGUUUUACAAAAAAUGUUACGACCCAAAGUUAAAAUAAACAAUUUAUUGAUGGAAAACGUAUGUGUCGAGAAACCAUUUGUAGACCUCCUUGCGAGGGUUAAGAAGAUGAAAUCUCGCAAACAUUUUGUGUGUAAGUUUGAUGUCGUAUUAGGAAACUGGGAGGUGGAGGAGCCAGAUGCACGAAGUUUGGUAUUGAAAAGAGCUCAGUACCUCGGCAAGGCCGCGAAGAGGAAUAAAGUUGAUACCGCGCUCUACUUCAUGGCUUUGGCUAAAGAGCUUCCUAAGCCAGUGCCUACUAAGGAACUGGUGGAUCGACUUGAUGCCGAUCACGUAGCACUCGACGAAGAUUUAGUCGACGCGUUAUCGUUCGCGUUCCCGGGACCAAAGACGCCGAAAUGGCGAACGAUUAGUUUGAAUUUGAUAACCGAGUAUAUUUCGCGGUUGUGGCCGAACAAGAAGUUGCCGCCGACGCCGCCGCCGGAGCUGGAGCCUGAACCCGAGCCGGUUGUUGAAGAAGUCAAACCAGUGCGCAAGAAGUAAAUAAUCACCACUCCUUUAAGUAACUUA